CGUGGCCUUCUCCUCCACGGCUAAGCUCAGCUAGCUACAAUCGCAAAUAGCUGCAGCGAUCGAGCGAAUAUUGAUCGUGCUCGAUCAUCUUAGCCGCAUUGCAAACGAUCGAAUCGAUCGGCCGAUAGCCUUUCUCGUUGGCAUUUUAUUUCAAGCAGAACACGAUGAAGCAAAAGAUCGUGAUCAAGGUGAGCAUGCCGUGCGAGAAGAGCCGGUCCAAGGCGAUGAAGCUGGUGGUGAUGGCCUCCGGCGUGAGCUCGGUGGAGGUCACCGGCGACGGCAAGGACCGGCUGCAGGUGGUCGGCGACGGCGUCGACGCGGCCUGCCUCGUCACCUGCCUCCGCAAGAAGAUCGGCCACGCGGAGCUCGUGCAGGUGGAGGAGGUGAAGGAGAAGAAGCCGGAGGAGAAGAAGCCGGAGGAGAAGAAGCCGGAGCCGUGCUACUGCCCUCAUCCCUGCUACUACCACCACCACUACGGUGGGAUACCGGUGGCCGUCGGCGACCAGCCGAGCGACCCCUGCUCCAUCAUGUAAUCAUAUAUAGUCACACAGAUCGAUCGAAUUUUGCAGUGAUUUCUUCAGCGAUUUGGUAUGGCUAUGUACAAAGAAAUAGUAGGAGUGGUAGAUAUACUAUACUACUAUAUCUUUGUGGGGCUUCCUUCGCCUUGUUUAAAUCCAAACUUAAUUGGAAAUGAAAACUUACUAUAAUGUUCAGUAGCA